ACCUCAUUAUAAUAAUUCUUUAGUUAUAUGGUCUUCCAAUAAUUUCCCAAAUGAUCAUUUGGUUUCAUGGUCCAAAAUUGAUCACCAUUUUAAAUUUGGAAAUAUCACUAGACUUAUUACUACAAGAAUUCGCUCUUUGAUAGGCGCAUCGCAACAAUCGAUUCAUCGCAAUUUCUAUCUUGAUAUACCACAACGAAUUUCAUGUGAGAAGUGGUUUGAACUUUUACAUGAUAUUAUCUCAAAAAUUGUUGAUGAUAUAUUACGCGAAAAAUAUGAAUUUCUGUCUAUAAAAAGACAUGAAAUUUAUGAUUUGGUCACUCGUAUAGCUAAGGAUGUAAUCAAAGAAUAUACAGAGUCUGAAACUCGACUCGUCCCGAAUUAUGCUCUUCUUUCAAGUGGUGCACGUAUAAUUCCUCACCUUACUUCUAGUGAAUAUGUUGGAUAUCCGGAUGAAUUCGUUAAACGUCAGGUCUCGAAAAUAUUCAAUAUCAUGCAUACCCAAUCAAAACCGGCAAAGAUCGUCUUAACAUCGAACAAUGAGGCAGGAAACUGCUUUUGUUUUACCGGUGCUCACGGUCAACUUGCAAUUCAUUUAAGUCACAAUAUAAAAGUGACUUCAAUCACUUACGAACAUUUAAAUCCCGCAUUGGCCUUGGAUCCGGAUGACAUGCGACGUGCACCAAAGACUUUCGAAAUUGUUGGCAUCUCUGUUGAUUCUCAAGAGAAACAUGAUGAAUAUAUUCAACUUGGUGAUUUCGAUUAUGAGCUUGAUGGUCCUCCUGCCCAAAGUUUCGAAAUAGAUCAUCCAAAUUUGGAGUUAUUACCAGUAAUGAAGGCUGUUGUCUUAAAAAUUAAGGACAAUUGGGGUGACGAUGAACUCACAUGCUUAUAUCAAGUGAAGGUUCAUGGACAUAUUUCAAAGAAGAUAUAA